UGGCGCUGGUAUUUAUUCUUCUUCUGACAUCCCUUUUUCUAUGCUGGUUGUUGAUAACAAGGCGCAGACACGGAGAACCACCUAUUGUAGACGGUUGCUUACCCCUAAUUGGACAUGCAUAUAUGAUUUUUGGAAAUUCAAUUCAACUAUGGGAUAAAUUCAAAUCAAUGACGCAGGAAUGUUUUACAAAGGGUCACGCUGUAUACUUCUUGCUCGGCCCAAAAAAGAUUUAUUUUUUAACGGACCCGGACGACAUAGCUGUUGUAGCAAAUGUGUGCCUUCAAAAGGACACCAUUUUUGGGGUAAAGUGUAAGGAGUUAGUCGGUGACGGAUUACUAUUUUCCGACGUAAUAACAUGGAGACGACAUCGUAAGAUCAUCCUGCCUACAUUCAACCAGCAAGUAUUGGAUACCUAUUUACCAAUAUUCAACAAUAAAGCCAGAAAAUUGGUGAAAGUAUUUGAGAAGGAAUCUGGAAAAGGUCUAUUUGACCAUUCAACAUAUUUAAGACAAAUGACACUAGAAACUGUCUGCUCAACGGCUAUGGGUGUUGAAAUUAACGAGGCCGAAGCAGUGAACUACACCAAUGCGCUGCAUUUGGCUUUUGAUAAUGGGACCGAAAGAUACCAAAAAAUUUGGCUACAAAUUGAUUUUAUAUAUAACUUAUCUAAUAUGAAAAAGGAACAAGAUAAAUGCAUAGAAGUUGUAUAUGAGAUGACAAGGCAAGUUUUGUCCAAGAAAAAAAAGUUAUAUGAAAUGACAAAUAAUAAUAAAGAAGGAAUAAACAGUUUUAUAGAACAUCUUCUUAAUUCGAAUGAGUUAUCAGAAAAAGAAAUAAUUAACGAAGUACAUAAUAUGAUAAUAGCGGGGAGUGAUACUUCAUCUAGUGUUCUGCUGUUUACAUUGAUUUUGAUUGGAUCUUAUCCUGAAGCACAGAAAAAAAUUCUUGACGAGUUAUUAUAUAUAUUUGGUGACUCGGACAGAGAUCUUGUAAAACAAGAUUUAGGAAAAAUGACUUACACAGAAGCCGUACUUAAAGAAAGCAUGCGUUUCUUAGUAAUGGCACCUUUUGUGAUGAGAUAUAUCGACAAAGAGGUUAAAAUAAAAAAUUAUACUUUACGACCUGGUAACAAUUGCAUCUUCUCGUUUUACGGUGUACAUCGUCACGAUAUUUGGGGGAAUGAUGCUGACCAGUUCAAACCAGAACGUUGGUUGGAAAGUGAAUUGCCAUCAAAUUCUAAGGCUUACAUGGCCUUUAGUAUUGGAAAAAGGAAUUGUAUAGGUCGAUCAUAUGCCAUGAUGUUAAUGAAAACAACAUUGGCUCAUUUACUCCGGUGCUACAGGAUAAAUUCCGAUUACAAACAAUUACAAAUAAAACUCAACGUUUUGAUUAAACCUGUUAAUAAUUAUUAUAUAUCUAUAGAAAACUAUAAAAAAUGUUAAUAUUAAAGCGUUCACGCUGAGAA